AAAAAGCCCAAACAAGACAAUGAGCAAAAUGGAGAAGAGGGAGAAAAUUGAAACGAACCGGAGGCCGGAGCCGAUUGACGCAAGGCAAAUUUCGGUAGAGGCUGAUCAUGGGCAUUGUGACUAACGACACUGAGAUUGCAAGCGCAAUCCCUGCCGCCAAGUUGUUCAAGAUCUUUCUCCUUGAUUCUCCCAACACUUUUCCCAAGAUUCUGCCUCAGGUCUUUAGGAGUAUUGAAAUUCUUGAAGGGGAUGGAGGCCCUGGAACCAUUACCAAAACUACUUUUGCUGAAGGGACCCAAUUAAAGUACAUCAAGCACAAGGUUGAUGUGGUAGAUAAAGACAACUUCAUUUACAACUACACUGCUGUUGAAGGUGAUCCAUGGUUGGAAGGACUAGACAAAAUUUCUUAUGAGACAAAGAUAGUAGCUUCUCCCGAUGGGGGAUCUAUCAGCAAGUGCACCACCAAGUACUUCCCCAAGGGUGACAGUCAGCUCAAUGAAGACAAAAUCAAGGAAGGCCAACAGAAAGCCCUGGAACUCUUCAAGGCUGUUGAAGCCAUUAUCUUGGCAAAUCCUGAUGCCUAUUAACUAAAUUCUUAAGGUGCUAAUUAAGACAGUUCCUCUUGUUUCCUGCCAUUUGGUACAACUAAAUAACUGGCCAUCAAAGUUAUUCGCUUGUUUUUUUUUUAAAUUUUUCUUUAAUUUCAAGGCCAAACUUGCUUUUGGAUUGCGUGGUAAUAAAAGUAUAUGGAGUUGUGUGGUGACUGGUUGGCUUGUUUUGUACUUUAUGAUGAACUCAAAAUAAAUUAAUAAUACCAAAAUUUUUUUCCUU